AUGCCCCCACAGUGUAAGGCCAAGCCAUGCCCCCAGUGUAAGGACCUCAUGCCCCCACAGUCUCCUCCUCCUGUGUCCAACUCCCCUCCUGUCAACUCCCCCCCUCCUGUCAACUCCCCUCCUGUCCAGCUCCUCCUCCUGUCCAACUCCCGCCUCCUCUCCAACUCCCCGCCUCCUGUCCAACUCCCGCCUCCUGUCAAGCACCUCUGUCCAACUCCCCCUCCUGUCAACUCCCCGCCUCCUGUCCAACUCCUCUCCUGUCCAACUCCCCGCCUCCUCCAGCUCCCGCCUCCUGUCCAACUCCCGCCUCCUGUCCAACUCCCGCCUCCUGUCCAGCUCCCUCCUGUCAACUCCCUCCUCUCCAUAAGCCCCUCUUCCUGUCCAACUCCCGCCUCCUGUCCAUCCCCUCCUGUCCAGCUCCCUCCUCCUGUCCAACUCCCCCUCCUGUCUUUCCCCACUCCUCCUGUCUCAACUCCUCGCCUCACCUGCUUGCCUGCCUCUGUCAACUCCCCCUCACCCCUGUCAACUCCAUGCUCCUGUCCAACUCCCCUCCUCCUGUCCAACUCCUCCCGCCUCUGUCCAACUCCCGCCUCCUGUCCAACUCCCCUUCUGUCAACUCCCGCCUCCUGUCCAACUCCCCUCUGUCCCUGUCCAACUCCUUCUCCUCUGUCCAACUCCCCUGCCUGUCCAACUCUGCCUCUGUCCUUCCUGUCCUACCCUCCUCCUGUCAACUCCCCCUCCCUGUCCAACUCCCUUACUCCUGUCAACUCCCCGCCUCUGUCCAACUCCGCCUCUGUCCAACUCCCGCCUCCUGUCCAACUCCCGCCUCCUGUCCAGCUUUCCGCCUCCUGUCCCACUCCCGCCUCCCUGUCCAACUCCCGCCUCCUGCUCCCGCGCCUCCUGUUCAACCCCCGCCUCCUGUCCAACUCCCCUUCUCUGUCCAACUCCCUUGCCUCCUGUCCAACUCCCUCCCCUCUGUCCAACGCCCUCCUCCUGUUCAACUCCCCGCCUCCUGUCCACUCUGCCUCUGUCCAACUCCCUCUCCUGUCCAACUCCCCUGCCUCCUGUCCAACUCCCGCCUCCUGUCCAACUCCCCCCUGUCCAACUCCCCCUCUCUGUCCAACUCCCCUUGUCCUGUCCAACUCCCCUCUCUGUCAACGCCCCCCUCCUGUCAUCGCCCCACAGUGUGAAGGAAAACUAUGA